GUAGUCAAGAGUGGUAGGGUAGGGAUAGGGAAGGGUCGGAAGGGGUGGUAAGGUAAAAGUGUUAGAGAAAAUAGGACUCGUGGAGUGUUGUUUGCUGAGAUUUAUUUUUAUUAAACGUUACUAUUCAAUGAGAUUGCAGGUUCGUUGUUAAAAUCACGGUAACUAUUGAACAUGAAGAUAAAAGCCUACAAAUUAUGACAAUACAUCAACAAGUAUUUCGGUGUCUUCAAUCUUAUAAUUAUAACCUAAAGGUUCUAAAGCUUUAAACAUGAACGAAGAAGACGUGUGGGGGGACCUGUCUAACAUACCUGCAGAUCCACCACAUAUGCGUGAAUUAUGUGAAAAUUGCAAGAGGCCUCAAGUGGUAUGUUGGUGUGCUGCUCUUCCCCCAGAGAGGUUAAAACCACGCAGCAACAUCAUUCUUCUCCAGCACCCGGCCGAGGAGAAGCGCUGCCUCCGCACCGCUCCGAUGCUGCAGCUGGGCUUAGCAGAAAACAAGUGCCUUAUAUUCAAAGGAAAAAAGUUCCCACAGCCAAGGCAUGACAACUUGGAAAAUAUUUUAACUCAACCCAAUACAAUAUUACUUUAUCCUAGCAAAACUGCUAUUGAUAUAAAUGACUUAGUUAAUGAUAAUAAUUCAUACAAUCUUGUACUAUUAGAUGGUACCUGGCCCCAAGCCAAAGCUAUCUAUGCUUCCAGUCCAAUUUUACAUAAUAUAAGGCAGGUUAAAUUAAUUACUAGCACUGUAAGUAGCUAUAUUAUAAGAACACAACCAACUGAAGGUUGUUUGAGUACACUAGAAACAGCAGCGGAGGCUUUGUCUCAAUUGGAAAAGGAUCCAAAAUACAGAGAACAACUGGUGCAGCCAUUACACAUGCUGUGCCAAUACCAGUUAGACAAUGGAGCUGUGACUCACCAGUCAAAGGAGUUCUUGUUGAAAACUAGAACAUAUCCUAAAUUGAUAGGAAAACGCUUAUCUAGGCUGUUAAGGUCUACUAAUGACACUAUUCUUAAUUUAGACUAAGUAGAUUACUUUUGUAAGUGUUUCAUAUGAUGGAUAAAUAAAGUUUAUCAAAUUUUUAAAUAUG